AGAUCUGGCAGCAUCUGUAGAGAAAUCAGAGUCAGUGUUAGUUAACGUUUUGGAUCCGAUGACUCUUCCUCAGAAGGGCUCCUUGUGCCUAUCUUGGUGUUAGUUAUUGCUGUGUGUGUCUGUUGCGGUGUGUGCCACACUAACCCGGUGUGUUCUGUGCUAUCCCAGUAUGUGCUGUGCUAUCCUGGUGUGUACCUCACUAUCCCGCUGUGCACUGCACUAUUCCGGUGUGUGACACACUAUCACAGUGUGUGUUGAUCUAUCCUGGUUAUGUGCUAUGCUAUCUUGGUGCAUACCAUACUAUCCCGGUGUGUGCCUCACUAUCCCGCUGUGUGUGCCGCGCUAUCCCGGUGUGUGCCGCACUACCAUGGUGUGUCCUGUGCUACCCUGGUGUGUCCUAUGCUAUCCCAGUGUGUGUGUGUCAUGCUAUCCCAGUGUGUGCCACACUAUCCUGGUGUGUCCCGAGCUAUCCCGGUGUGUGUGUGUCAUGCUAUCCCGGUGUGUGUGUAUCAUGCUAUCCCGGUGUGUGCCACACUAUCCCCUGUGUCCCGCGCUAUCCCGGUGUGUGUGUCAUGCUAUCCCGGUGUGUGCCGCACUAUCCCAGUGAGUCCCACGCUAUCCCGGUGUGUGUGCCAUACUAUCCCCUGUGUCCCGCGCUAUCCCGGUGUGUGUGCCACACUAUCCCCUGUGUCCCGCGCUAUCCUGGUGUGUGUGCCACACCAUCCCCUGUGUCCCGUGCUAUCCCGGUGUGUGUGUCAUGCUAUGCCGGUGUGUGCCGCGCUAUCCCGGUGUGUGCCACACUAUCCCGGUGUGUGUGUCAUGCUAUGCCGGUGUGUGCCGCGAUAUCCCGGUGUAUGCCGCGAUAUCCCGGUGUAUGCCACACUAUCCCGGUGUGUCCCGCGCUAUCCCGGUGUGUGUGCCACGCUAUCCCGGUGUGUGCCGCGCUAUCCCGGUGUGUGUGUCAUGCUAUCCCGGUGUGUGCCGCGCUAUCCCGGUGUGUGCCACACUAUCCCGGUGUGUGUGUCAUGCUAUGCCGGUGUGUGCCGCGCUAUCCCGGUGUGUGCCACACUAUCCCAGUGUGUCCCGCACUAUCCCGGUGUGUGUGCCACGCUAUCCUGGUCUGUGCCACACUAUCCCCUGUGUGCCGCGCUAUCCCAGUGUGUUCCAUGCUAUCCUAGUGUGUGCCAUGCUAUCCUGGUCUGUGCCACACUAUCCCCUGUGUGCUGCGCUAUCCCGGUGUGUGUGCCACACUACCCCAGUGUGUACCGUGUAUCCCGGUGAGUGUCGUGCCAUCCCGGUGCGUGCCAUGUUAUCCCAGUGUAUUGAAACCUCCCUUUCAAUGCUGUGUAUCACUUGCCUUAAUAGCUCCUGGUGGUAGCAGAUUCCACAUUUUCCCCACUGUCUGGGUGGCAAUAUACACCUUUCAAUAAAGAGGUGCAACAAGAUGUGCAUUCUCUUCUUAAUUUCAGAGUUUGUGGAGCACAUAUUUAGCUGUGUUCAUAACAGAUACAACAAAAAGGAUUUCUCAGUCUGACUGUAAGAUCUAGGAUUCAGUUCUCAGGUGGGUGAAUGGGUCAGACAGAGUGGGCAAGUGAGGACACCACCCUGGGAUCAGCCUCUCAAUGAGCAAGGGUUGAAAAUGCUGCUGUCUAUAGCAGGGGUGACAGUCAGGCAGGGAGUGUCAGAAUGAGAGGCCGUGGUUUCUUGCAGGCUGAUGUCCAUGUAAAAACAGAUCUUUUUGCAGUACUAAAUAAAGAGAGACCCCAUAACCUC